AUGGCUGACACGGAAUACACGUUCGUGGUCGAGCACCUCGAUCCAGAGCUCGGCCCUUGGUCCGCGUUGGAGUACGAUACCAUCGCCAAGGAAUCACAGCAGUCCGCAUGCCAGUUCAUUCUUUCAUCCUUGCCUCAGUCUCUGCUGGAGACGCAGACUUUGAACAAGCUCGCCGGGUUGGGAGCACAGGCGCGGACCGAUAGUAUCGAAACCUAUUUCCCAAGCAAGAAAGAAAGGGUCUGUCUGCUCGACCCGGCGGCAAAGCAGGAAUUGGCCCCUGCCGAUGCCGAGCACUUUGAUGUCUUCCUGUUUGGCGGUAUACUAGGAGAUGAUCCGCCUAGAGAUCGCACGAGCGAGCUCCGCAAGAAAGGCUUCAACGGUCGCCGCCUGGGCCCAGUUCAGAUGACCACAGAUACAGCCGUCAGGGUGACGCGGAAGGUCGUGCUUGAGCAGAUUCCUCUCGACAAAAUUCCCUAUGUCGACUUCCCAGAACUGAAGCUGGAUGAGCACGAAUCCACCCAGAUGCCGUUCCGAUAUGUCGCAGAUGAGUCUGGACAGCCUAUCAUGCCCACGGGAAUGAUUGACCUGAUAAAGGCUGAUGCUGACAAGGCGUUCGAUGACCUCGAGUUUGUCGAUGAAGUCGAAGGCCUCAGCAACAUUGGCGUUACUACAUCUUGA